UUUCUCUUUAACUUUCAUUCAAGAAUUAAGAGUGUCUCUGCUACUCAAACUCUCUCUCCGUUUUUGCUCUCUUUAUACAAAAUCGUUGCCUAGACAAUAAAAAGCAGUCCUUUUAUUUUCCUCCAACAGCGGUGGUGGUGAUUCGUGACAUAUAUUCGAUUAUUCCUUCUCUUUUCUCUUUUGGGUUUCUUUCUUUUCUCUUUUGUUUCUUUAACUCUGCAACUUUCCAAGAAAAAUUGUUGCUUUUGCUUCGGGUCACAAGUAUCAGUUCUUGAGUGCCUCUCUCUAUCAUUUACUUUCUCCAUAACUGCGUGUCUGCUCUUUGCCGUACUCUUUGUUUCUUUAAAUCUUAACCAAGUUUGGGUUAAUUUUAGUCUAGUUAACACUUUUCCACUUAUCUCAUACUUUUCUUUCCAGUGUAACACUUUCCUUGAAAUUUCUCGUCCUUUGAUAACACAAAACCUUUUUGAACCAUUUCAAGCUUCUCUUUAACGUUGUAGCUUUCUUUAUAUCCUCUGUCUGUCUUUCUUUAAAUCUUUAUUCUCCCUCGUGUCACAGGAGGAAUCUUUAUUCUCUUCUAUUUCACUGCUCUCCUCCUACUCUCAGUUUACUUUCAAUGCCCAAAACCCACAAGAAUCAAGAAAACAAGUAAAAAGAGAAGAAAUAAAAAUGAAUCAAAUCAAGUUCAGCGAGCACAAAAAUCAAACCAAGCUUACAACACCAUUACCAGAUACAAAACCACCAAAAGUUGUUCGAAUAACAGUAACAGACUCUUACGCUACUGACUCUUCUAGCGACGAAGAAUCAGAAAAUGAAUUCUGUAGUAGACGACGACGGAGAGUGAAAAGAUUCGUCAACGAGAUUACGAUAGAGUCAUCCUGUUCAAGCCCAAAUGACGUUGUUUUUACAAGCAAAUGUAAGAAGGCUAACCGGAGAAAGUUUUCCGCCGAAAAAUCAUCUCCAUCGAGCAUUCUUCCGGUGAAAAAUACUACUACAGUGGGGAAGAAGUUUAGAGGUGUCAGACAGAGACCUUGGGGAAAAUGGGCGGCGGAGAUCAGAGAUCCUCUGCGACGUGUACGGUUAUGGCUAGGUACUUACGAUACUGCUGAAGAGGCUGCUAUAGUAUAUGACAACGCGGCUAUUCAGUUACGUGGAUCUGACGCGCUCACUAAUUUUAUCACCCCUCCAGCGAAAUUAUCGGAGCCCAGUAACUCUGGUGAGGAGUCUCAAAAUGUCUGCUCUCCGAUAUCUGUACUCCGAUUUCCUUCCUCAACUUCAUCCAACGAAGAAGCCGAAUCACAAGGCGCUGUCUUCUCUAGUAAAGAAAAUAAUGAAAUCCGAGAUAUGAAAGAAGAGUCUAGUGUGUCGGAGAAUUUCUCGGAGUGUUCAUCAAUGUUUCCAAAUUAUUUUUUUGACUUUCAGACUUCUAUGCGCGAUAUUUUUGAGGAGACUAAUAUGGUUCAAGACGGUUUCUUGAGUGAUGAUUUGGGCGAUAUGUUUCUUGAUACUAGUGUUGAUUUCGGUUUCGGAUUGUCCAGCUGGAAUAACACGCAAGACAAUUUUCAAGACAUCGCGGAUUUGUUUGGGUCGGAUCCUCUUAUUGCCAUUUGAGAAUGGUAGUUUGGUAAAUCACAACCGGCGUUGUUAGUCGUAGCCGGAAAAAUUUUGUAUCGGCGGCAUUAAAACUAUCGGGUGUGUCUUAGUAUCAGUUUUUCUUUUCUAUUUUCCUUUUUUUUUCUUUUUGAGGAAAAUAUUUUUUUCCCUUUUAUAUGUGUGGAAAUGAGUAUUUUUAAGUAAUUAUGAGAAGUGGACCGUAACGGUAACGUUGACGGCGGGGUUAUUUUGGCUA